AACCAAGCAAGAACCAGAUUUCAAGAGAGCACAGAGAUAGAGAGAAGAGAGGCACCAAACCCUAAAUGGGUCUAACCCCGAGAUUUUAAAACCCUUCUUUUAUGAUUUUGAGGCAAAUGUCGUCUCUUCCUUCCUUAAUCUCUUCUUCAUUUCUCCUCCUCUUCUGUUUCUCUCUCUCUAAUGCAGAGCAAAACCCGGAAGCUUCUAUCCUCUACUCAUGGCUUCACUCUUCUUCUUCUUUUCUUACGCCUUCCUCUCUUUCUCUCUUCAACUGGAACUCAGCCGACACCACUCCUUGCAAAAACUGGACUUUCAUUACAUGCUCACCUCAAGGCUUCGUCACCGACAUCGACAUCCAAGCCGUUCAAAUCGAGCUACCUUUACCCAAUAGUCUCCCUGAGCUUCCUUCUCUUCAGAAACUCACUAUCUCCGGCGCUAACCUCACCGGAACCAUACCGGAGAGUCUCGGAGACUGUCUCGCUCUCACGGUUCUUGACCUAAGCUCAAACAGUUUAGUGGGUGACAUUCCUUGGAGCUUAAGCAAGCUUCAUAACCUAGAAACCCUAAUACUCAACUCCAACCAGCUCACCGGAAGAAUCCCACCGGAGAUCAGUAAAUGUUCCAAACUCAAGAGCUUAAUCCUCUUCGAUAAUCUCCUCACCGGAAGUAUCCCUUCGGAGCUAGGGAAGCUCUCUGGUCUCGAAGAGAUAAGAAUCGGAGGAAACAAAGAAAUCUCCGGCAAGAUCCCACCGGAGAUCGGAGACUGUUCUAACCUGACAGUUCUGGGAUUAGCCGAGACGAGCGUCUCUGGAAACCUACCUUCCUCUUUAGGUAACCUCAAGAAGCUGCAGACACUCUCCAUUUAUACUACAGAGAUAAGCGGAGAGAUUCCUCCAGAGUUAGGCAACUGCUCUGAGCUUGUGGACAUCUUCUUGUACGAGAAUAGCUUGUCUGGUUCAAUCCCCCGAGAGAUAGCUAAGCUCACGAAGCUCGAACAGCUCUUCCUAUGGCAGAACAGUCUCGUCGGUGGUAUCCCUGAAGAUAUAGGAAACUGCAGCAACCUCAAGAUGAUAGAUUUGUCUCUAAACCUCCUCUCUGGUUCGAUUCCUGUCUCCAUCGGUCGUUUGUCUUUUCUCGAAGAGUUUAUGAUCAGCGACAACAACUUCUCCGGUUCCAUACCAACAACUAUCUCCAACUGUUCGAGUCUUGUUCAGUUACAGCUCGACAAGAAUCAGAUCUCUGGUUUGAUACCGACCGAGCUUGGAACACUCACAAAGCUUACUCUGUUCUUCGCUUGGUCUAACCAGCUAGAAGGAAGCAUCCCUCCCGGUUUAGCAGACUGUACCGAUCUCCAAGCGUUGGAUUUAUCGCGUAAUGCUCUAACCGGAACAAUCCCUUCCGGUUUGUUUAUGUUAAGGAACUUAACAAAACUUCUCUUGAUCUCAAACUCUCUCUCUGGCUCCAUACCUCAAGAGAUUGGUAACUGCAGCUCUCUGGUGAGACUGAGGCUAGGUUUCAACAGGAUCACUGGGGAGAUCCCUUCUGGUAUCGGGUCACUCAAAAAGUUGAACUUCCUCGACUUGUCGAGCAAUAGGCUACACGGGAAGGUUCCUGAUGAGAUAGGAAGCUGCUCGGAGUUGCAGAUGAUUGAUCUUAGUAACAACUCUCUUCAAGGCUCGUUACCUAACACGGUUUCUUCUUUAUCCGGUUUACAGGUUCUUGAUGUUUCAGCGAACCAGCUUUCAGGCAAGAUUCCCGCGAGUUUAGGGAGACUUGUGUCCCUAAACAAACUGAUCUUGAGCAAGAAUAUGUUCUCAGGAUCGAUCCCUAGCUCCCUAGGUAUGUGUUCAGGGCUGCAGCUUCUUGAUCUCGGAAGCAACGAGCUCUCUGGUGAGAUCCCUUCAGAGCUUGGAGAUAUUGAGAAUCUUGAAAUUGCGUUGAAUGUUAGUAGUAAUAGACUCACUGGGAAGAUACCUUCUAAGAUUGCGUCUCUCAAUAAGCUCUCGAUUCUUGAUAUCUCACACAACAUGCUUGAAGGAGAUCUUGCUCCACUUGCCAACAUCGAGAAUCUCGUCUCCCUCAACAUCUCUUACAAUAGCUUCUCUGGUUAUCUACCAGACAACAAGCUUUUCAGACAGUUGCCUCCUCAAGAUCUCGAAGGAAACAAGAAACUCUGUUCCACGUCAGCUAAAGAUUCUUGUUUUCUGACUUACGCCAAUAGCAAUGGACUUGCGGGUGAUAAGGAAACUUCUCGCGCAAGAAACCUCAGGUUAGCACUCGCGCUUUUGAUCUCCCUGACGGUUGUGUUGAUGAUUCUCGGCGCUGUGGCGGUGAUCCGAGCGAGGAGGAACAACGAAAACGAAAGAGAUUCGGAGCUGGGAGAAACGUAUAAAUGGCAGUUCACACCGUUUCAGAAGCUCAACUUCUCGGUAGAUCAGAUCAUAAGAUGUUUAGUUGAGCCUAACGUGAUUGGUAAAGGAUGUUCAGGGGUAGUGUACCGUGCUGACGUGGACAACGGCGACGUUAUAGCCGUGAAGAAGCUUUGGCCAGCGAUGGUUAACGGGGGUAACGAUGAGAAGCCUGAUAAAAACGUGAGAGAUUCGUUUUCAGCGGAGGUUAAAACACUGGGGACGAUCAGACACAAGAACAUUGUUAGGUUUCUUGGAUGUUGUUGGAACAGGAACACAAGGCUUUUGAUGUAUGAUUACAUGCCUAAUGGUAGCUUAGGGAGCUUGCUUCAUGAGAGACGAGGCUCUGCGCUUGAUUGGGAUCUUAGGUACAGAAUCUUGCUUGGUGCAGCUCAAGGUUUAGCUUAUCUACACCAUGAUUGCCUCCCACCCAUUGUUCAUCGCGAUAUCAAGGCCAAUAACAUUUUGAUCGGUCUUGAUUUUGAACCGUACAUUGCGGAUUUCGGUUUAGCUAAGCUUGUUGAUGAAGGUGACAUUGGCCGGUGCUCUAAUACUGUCGCUGGAUCUUAUGGUUACAUUGCUCCAGAGUAUGGUUAUAGCAUGAAGAUUACAGAGAAGAGUGAUGUUUACAGCUACGGUGUGGUGGUUCUUGAAGUGUUGACCGGGAAACAACCUAUAGAUCCGACCGUACCGGAAGGGCUUCAUUUGGUGGAUUGGGUGAGGCAGAAUAGAGGCAGCCUCGAAGUUCUUGACUCGAGUCUGAGGUCAAGAACCGAGGCUGAAGCUGAUGAGAUGAUGCAAGUGUUGGGCACUGCUUUGCUUUGUGUGAAUGCGUCUCCUGAAGAGAGACCCACUAUGAAAGAUGUUGCGGCUAUGCUCAAGGAGAUCAAGCAAGAGCGUGAGGAGUAUGCGAAAGUUGACUUGCUACUGAAGAAAUCUCCCCCACCAACAACGAAAACGCAGGAAGAAGGUAGUAAUAGGAAUGAGAUGACGGUGGCUGCAGCUUCCUCUUCCAAAGAGAUGAGACGGGAAGAGAGAAUAGUGAAGAGUAACAAUACUAGUUUCUCUGCUUCUUCCCUGCUUUACUCAUCUUCAACCGAGUGAUAUAUAUACUAUAUAGGGUUCGAGAGUUCCGUGAGAAGAAAGCUUUUGUGUGCUGUUUGAGAAAUGUUUUCUUUUUCAUUUUAUUUACUUAUAUCAUUUUAAAUCCUUGGAGAUGUGAUGUAAAAAAAAAACAAGAAUAUAAUGAGAAACUGUGAGUCAGU